AUGGCGACCAAGCCAACAAAAAAAUUGUCCAAGACGGACUACACUGUCGGAUGGAUAUGCGCUCUGUCCAUCGAACUGGCGGCGUCCUCGGGGAUGCUGGACGAGGUUCACGAGAGCCUCGACCUCGUCCCUGGGGAUAAGAACAUGUACACUCUGGGCGAGAUCGGAGGACACAACAUCGUUAUGGCUUGCCUUCCAGCCGGAAAUAUGGGCAUAACACCCGCCUCCAACGUUGCAACCAACAUGAUGAGAAGUUUCCCUAAAAUCCGCUUCGGCCUUAUGGUAGGCAUUGGAGGCGGUGCUCCAGCACGCCGGGCCCGACCCAACGAGGACAUCCGAUUAGGCGACGUGGUUGUAAGCCUUCCUCAAGGAGAACUUGGUGGUGUCGUCAAGUAUGAUCACGGGAAAGUUGUCGCAGACGGUGAUUUCAAACAUACGGGCUUGCUCAACAUGCCGCCCACUCCACUCAUAAACGCAGUUUCUAAGCUCAAAGCCAAACAUGAGUUUCAGCGGAAUUCUAUCCAACGCAACGUUACGGCCAUGAUCAAUAAGGUCAUGGAGUCGGAAGAUGCGAACCCGGAUUUUGCAGAACUAUACGAGCGCCCCAAUCUCAAGUACGACCGACUGUUCGCAGCUGACUACGACCACCAUGAAUCCCAAAGCGAGAGCGAGGCAUCUGAUUAUUCGGACGAUUCGGACGAAAUUACGCUCCCUUGCCGUCGCUGCGAUUCCGCUCUCCUCAUCACUCGAAAACCACGAAAAUCCCCAGACACCGUCAUCCACUACGGCACCAUUGCCUCGGCUGAUAAGGUGAUGAGACAUGGUGUGACAAGAGACAAAAUCAGGAAGAAACACGGCGUUCUAUGUUUCGAGAUGGAGGCGGCCGGGCUUAUGAAUGACUUUCCUUGUCUGGUUGUGCGAGGAAUUUGCGACUAUUCCGAUACACACAAGCACAAAAUAUGGCAGCGAUACGCCGCGGCCGCUGCCGCAGCGUACACCAAAGAGCUGUUAGAGGUUGUCCUGAAGGAAGACAUUGAGAGGACAAAGGAAGCAGCAAAAGUCUUGGAAGAGGUCAAGCAUGGUAUCAACAAGAUCGAGCAUAAAGUGGACAUACUGGUUCAAGGCACGUACCUCCAAGAGUAUCUGGAAAAUUCCUCGCUAAUACCUUGA